UUUCUUUUUCUCUUGAAUGAAACAUUUUAGCUCUUUUUCCUAGAGUGUUAUCAGGUUUUGCUGAAGGAUAGGAGCAAUGCAGCAGUUAAGUAAUGCUGAGAAUAUGGGGAAGAAGGGAAGCUGGUUUUCAGCAAUCAAAAGGGUUUUCACAAACAAUUCAAAGGAAAAGGGAGCCAAUAUUUCGAAGAAAUAUAUAGCUGACAAGAAGAGCAGCAGCAAGGAAAAGAAGAAGGGGAAGGGGAUUUUGAGGCGUGGAGAAACGCAGUCGUUUAUUCCCCUGUUCGGAGAGCCAAGCAGCAUCGAGAAAAUAUUAGGCGAAGCUGAUCAGCUGUUGAUUAGGCCUUCUCCGAGAGCUCCUUCUCCUAUUCCUGCUUCUCCAAAGGCUGCUUCACCCCCGGCUUUCACUUCCGAGGCAACUCAAGGCAGAGGGGAAAUCGAGCGUGUGCAGAGGCCAGAACCGACUUUGAGAGAUCAGCAGCUCUCGGCCGCCAAAAUCCAGGCAGCGUAUAGAGGUUACGUGGCAAGGGGGAGUUUUCGACCUUUUAGGGGCUUAGUGAGGCUUCAAGUAGCGGUUAAAGGACAGAAUGCGAAACAGCAGACAACGAGCGCCAUGAAACAAAUGCAGUUCCUGGUCCGGGUUCAGACACAAAUCCAGUCGCGAAGGAUCCAAGCGUUCCAGCACCACACGCGUAAGAGUGAAAAGGCCGCCCAAAAUGAAGAUUGGGAUGAUAGUAGGCUAUCGAAGGAGGAAGCUGAAGCAAGGGUGCAGAAACGAGUGGAGGCUGUCGUUAAGAGAGAGAGGGCAAUGGCCUAUGCGUACUCGAACCAGCUCCAGAAAUCUAAUCCAAAAUCAACACAAAAUUCUCCGGAAGUUCGAACGGAUGGAUUCCCGUGGUCAUGGAACUGGUUGGAACGUAAGCUACCUCGAGCUGCAAUGAGGGGCAUCUCGUUAACCCGGGCCGUUUUUGAGUUCAAGCCGAGCCCUCAGCCUCAUGGGGAUCUCAUGUUCGACAAUCACGAGUCUGCCACGCCCCGAUCAUCCAAUAGUCUCGUGAGUUGCCCUCUGUUCUCCAUUCCUAACUACAUGGCACCAACUGUCUCGGCCAAAGCCAAAUCGAGAGCGUAUAGUAAUCCGUGGGAGAGGUUCCCGGGGACUCCGGGAAGCAGCCACUCCAAGAGAAGGUUCUUGUUUCCUUUGACUCCGAAUGCUGGUUCGUGCAAGUGGAAUAAAGGGUCGUCUAGUAGGGACUCUGACUCGCGAGUGGGAACGUAUAUACGCGAGGAUGCUCGUUCCAUCGGAUAUCUCAGCGUGGAUUCGACGGUUUCUAUGCCUGCAGGUGUAGUUGGGAGAAAGCCAUUAAACAGAUAUGUGUGAUUUUUGUGUAUGUUUUUGUUGUAAGAUUAUUGAGGUUGUUCUUGUAAGUUUUAUACACCAAUACAUCCUUUAGAUCUUUAGACUAUAGGGCUGCGAUUACUUCGGUUGUUAGAGAUAACGAGGGAUAUACAUCGGUCGCAAGGGAUAACGAGUCAUAAAGAUAA